UUGGGUUUCAUUUUCCUUUGCAUUGCAAACAUUGCUUUCGCUUCUCUCAAGAACUGCCACUCUUAGCACCAAACAAAAAUAUACUUCCUUUCUUAGGAGACAGGAAAACAAGGAAGAAACCCUCACCAAAAGAAAAAACGUUGAAACGAAAAUGGGUUUUGAAAAACUCUUCGUUUUGAGAGAGGUCUAGUGCGAAUCGCCGUCGUUUUGAGGUUACUGUUUUGGAGCCUAAGCUUCAGCUCUCCUGAAACCUAGUUGGUUUUUGUAGACUUCUUUUUGGUUCUAGACUUCUAGUCAAAAUCUGAUUCACCUACUUGUGAUCUGACGGUUGUUUUUGAAUUUUGAUGAAUGGGAUGUGAUGUUCUUCUAUAUAAAUCUUCAACGCUGUUUUUUAUGCAGAUUUUCCAAUAUCUGAAACACCCAACAAGCACAAAAACACCAUUUGCCACUGGUUUUCUUCCCUGGCGUUUUGAUCGUCCCUUCUACUCACGGUUCAACUCACCUGUUUCAAAUUCUCCGAGUCCACUCGUUGACCUUUUUUCGACUUGGUUUUCCGAGAGAGAAAAGUUGAAAGAUAAUCUGAUAUAGGGUUUCUCUUGUUUUGGUGUGUCAUUUUGCUUUCACCGAUGAAUCGGCGAUUCCUUUUGGUACUACCCUCGUUUUCCUUCGCCGUAUUAUUCCUCUUCCUCGUCGCGCUUUUCUCAGGUCAGGGUAAAAACAUCAGUGGUUCAUUGGGUUUGAAGCUGAUGAGGUUGAGGAUCAAGCAAGGGCACAGCACUGUUUCUACGCCACACCGCAAGCUUCUUCGUGGUACAGCAAUGGAGGAAACCAACCGAAUUUGGGGAGAGAAGUGCACCAAGUCUGAUAUUGUGAUCAACCAGGGGCCCACAGCCCCACUCCCAAGUGGCAUACCAACCUACACUGUUGAGAUCGUGAACAUGUGUGUCACUGGCUGUGACAUCUCUGGAAUUCACCUAUACUGUGGCUGGUUUAGCUCGGCUCGCCUCAUCAACCCCAAAAUAUUCAAGCGCCUUCGCUACAAUGACUGCCUUGUGAACGACGGCAAGCCCUUAGUCAAUGGUGGAACACUCUCAUUUCAAUAUGCCAAUACAUUCCUUUACCCUCUUUCAGUCUCCCGUGUGGUCUGUUAGUAAUAAGAUGAAGACCAAACUAUAAACAUUGAACAGCUAGCCGUGUUGAUAUAAAGCCACUUAAAGCAAAACUGGUUAGUUUGAAAUACUCGAUACCCUCAUUCCUGCCCCGUGUUGAUAUAAAGCCACUUAAAGCAAAACUGGUUAGCUUUUAUGUCUUUUCUGGUUUGAGUUCUUCUGAGAGAUUGAUUGAUAGAGGUUUGAUGUAUACUUCAAAGUGUUUGCCUUGUGAAUUUUUCUUGCUAUUGCUUUGUGGAGCUAAGGAGGAGAAACUCAAAUGAUCACUGGUGUGAAUGGGUUUUGUUUCAAUGAUUGAUCGACCAUGAAUUUUGGUUGUGGGUUUUGUAAAUAGGCAUGUGGUAUAUGGAUUGUAGGUAUGAGUAAGAAGCAAUAUGCUAGAAAUGGAACUGUGAUUAGAGGAUGUUUCUGUAUCAAAAUCGUUUGAUCAUGACAUUGAAAAGUGAGUAUGAAUGAAUGAGAU